UUUUAGAGAUAAGAUCUUAAAAUAAUUUAGAGAUCUUUGAAAAGAUAUUAUUGAUAUAUCAAAACAUUUUUUUUGACUAAUGUGAUAAGUUUUGUCUUUAUCAAAUGACGAAUAUUGGUUCAACAUAUAAAAUGAAGAUGAUACUAUUGCUAUUUGUAUGUUUUGUGUUUGCACAAGCUAAAGAUUUUAUUAGCCAUUCAAACCAGGUUCUCUUGAAGCAAGGCACUAUUCUUGGAAAACUCGAUGUUUUGAAGAAGGAGUACUCUGUCUCUUUUAAUAUUUUUCCUAAAUCGUAUACAAAAGGCCGGAAAAGUGUUCUUCAUUUAACUCAGGAUAAAGAUUUUGGAGAUUAUGGUGAUAGAAUUCCAGGCGUCUGGUUUGAUGAAAAUGGCUCAGGACGUCUUUUUAUUCAUGCUGCGGUUAAUGGCAAUAUAAAUUACUAUAUUGAAACAAAACCUCUUCCAUUAAAUCAAUGGACUAAUGUUAAAAUAGGUCAAAGUAUGCGUGAUAAUACUUAUUUGCUUUUUGUUUAUUUGAAUGGAGUCAAAUUUUAUGUUGCUGAAAACACUGAUGCUAGAGAUUUCAAAAAUGUAAAGGUAUACGCUUCUGAUCCUUGGUAUGAUGCUCAAAAUGGUCUUAUUUCUAAUAUACUCAUUGUUAAUGGAAACGUUGAAAACAUCGUUAGCAUUAUCCCUUCUGAAUUAGAAAAAGGAAAACUUAUUGCAGAGAUACCAAAGUUUAAUAAGGAGUAUUUGGUUUCCUUUGAUGUCUAUCCGAGUACGUUUGUUGCUGGUCAACAUAGUGUUAUUCGUUUUUCAAUUGGUUCUGAUUUGGGGCAUUACGAUGAUCGUGUUCCUGUUAUUUGGUUUCAUGCUAAUGGAAAAGGUAGUCUUUGCGUUUCUGCACUAGUUAAUGGUAAUUUUGACAAAUGUUUUGUUACAAAACCAUUUGAAUUGAAUCAGUGGUCUAACGUUGAAGUUAGUCAAAUUUUAAGAAAAUCAGUUUAUGUAUACACAAUCAAAAUAAAUGAUGAUAUCGUCUUUUCUGAAAUAAAUAACCAAGUACAAAGUUUUGAUAAUGUGAAAGUAUAUGCAGCAGAUCCUUGGUAUGAUGUUCAAAAUGGUUUAAUAAAAAAUUUUUUUGUCGUCAAUGGUUUUACAAAUGAUGAAUUAGAGCGAGUUAUUGUUCUACCUAAAGAAAAUAUUUUCCAUAAUAAACAGUUACACUUGAGUGACCCUUUUUUUUUUGGAUCACUCUAUGUUUUGAAGAAGGAGUUCACUGUCUCUUUUAAUGUGUUUUAUAAAGUUUACAUUGAUGCGUGGACAGAAGUUUUUUCUUUAAGAACGAAUGAAAUUUCGGUUGGUGAAAACAUAAUUCUAAUUGUUCGGUUAUUGUAUUCAGGAGAUCUUUCAAUUGCAACAAAUUUAAAUAGUGAAAAAUUCGAGAGUUUUUCAACACCUACCCUUCCUUUAAAUCAAUGGUCUAAUGUUAAAAUAUGUCAAACUAUGCGUGAAAAUAAGUAUUGGUUUUCUGUUUUUCUGAAUGGAGUCAAUGUUAAAGAUAUUGAAAAUACUUUUGCUAUAGAAUUUAAAAACAUAAUGGUAUAUGCUUCUUAUUCAUUAUAUUGGGACAAAAAUGUUCUAAUCUCAAAUGUUCUUACUGUUAAUGGAAAUGCUGAUAUUUUUGUUAGCAGUAUGCCUAUUGAAUUAGCAAAAGGAAAACUAAUUGCAGAGAUACCAAAGCUUGAUAAAAAGUUUUUGGUUUCAUUUGAUAUCUAUCCAAGAGAAUUUGUUGUUGGCUGGCAUAGCGUUAUUCAUUUUACUAUUGGUUCUAAUUUGGAUCAUUAUGGUGAUCGUGUUCCGGGUAUUUGGUUUAAUGCUGAUGGAAAAGGUGGUCUUCACGUUUCAGCACCGAUUAAUGGGAACUUGAACAGAUUUUUUAACACAAACCCAAUUGAACUAAAUCAGUGGUCUAACAUUGAAGUAAGUCAAGUGUUUAGAAACUCAGAAUAUGUAUACACAAUCAGAAUAAAUAAAAAAAGUGUUUUUUCUGAAAUAAAUAACCAAGUUCAAAGUUUUGAUAAUGUAAAAGUAUAUGCAGCAGAUCCUUGGCAUGAUGUUCAAAAUUGUUUAAUAAAAGAUUUUUUUGUUGUCAAUGGUAUUACAGAUGUUGUGUUGCAGUCAGAUAUUGUUCCAUCUAGAGGUGUUUCAAAAUAUUUUUAUUUCUUUAUAUGAAAGGGAAAGCUUGAAAAGAGCGAGUUGAUGAUGUGAAAAAAUAUGAAACAAGCUAAAGUAAAAUUAUUUGGUGAUAAAAUCUACAUUUAUACGUAAAUUUGUAUGAUUGUAAUAGUAUUGUUUAAUGAAAAAUAAAUUUUGUUUUA